GACCUAAUUUAGCCAUUUGGACACCGGUUGAGCCAGUCAUUCAGCGAGAGUUGAGGCACCGGUGAGUCCGUUUUUACUGAUAACUGAUUUUCCUGUGAGGAGAGGAGGCGACACUGACAGUAAUAACUGUCACACAUGACUGUCUGCUGCUGGCGGAUGACUUCGCUUUGUUACUGUUCCUUUUAACCAGCCCCGGGUCUCCCUUCACAGCAGAGUUCAGAAUUGCCCUACGAUGUCUGCGGUGGCUUCUCUGCAGUAAGCACACAAAGGUUAUGCUGCCCAAAAGCUGUCUAAGUCCCAGUGAGAAAGAGAAGGGCUAAAGCCACAUCGAUCCAAACCAGCUUUCCACAGGCUCUCCAGUAGCGACUACAGUACAGAGUCAUGAGCAACCCCAGCGCUGCCAAGCAGAUUACUGACGCCGUGGCAUCGGUUAUUCACAGUCCAGAGGCUCCAACUGCCUCAUCAUCACAUGGGACUCCACGCCCUGAAGAGGAGGAUGAUGGGGACCUUAACAAAGCCUUGGGCGUCCAGCGGUUCCAGCAGAUCCUGAGCCCCGCUGCUGCUGUACCUGAUGAGCAGCACCACAACUACCAUGAGGAGGACAUUGAAUACCACCGCCACUCCUCUCACCACAUCCACCGACCUUUGUCCAAACUGCCCAACGAGGGCCGCAGGAAGAAGGGCAGCAAGAAGAGGAGAAAGGACAAAGAUCACAAGAGCAGCCAUGUUUCCACCAGUGGCCCCAUAGAGGAAGGCGAGGAUGAGGAGGAAGAGGAAGAAGAGGGUAGCGAGUCAACCUCUGCUCCUCUUGAGGCAGAGAAAGUCAAAGAUGUGGAGUUCUUUGUUUCAGAUGAAGACCAAAUGGCCAAACCUGAUACAGAGAGCCCUCACUCAGCACGUGAGCUGAGUAUCGUACCGCAGUCUGCAGUGGAGGUGGAUAAUGAAGAUGCAAGCUCCACAGACAAACCAUCCUCCCCUGAGACCUCCACUCCAACUCCUCAGUCAGUGCCAUCUGAACACCCACCGCUGGCCCGGGUGUCCUCUGCCAGCCGCGGCUACGACCUGCAAGAGCGCCGGCGCACAGGCAACAUGACGGGUGCCGAGCAAGCCAAGUACCAGCGUAUCCCCACUGACGAGAGCGAGGCUCAGACCCUGGCCUCCGCUGAUUUAGAUGGCAUUAAGAGUCAUCGUUUUGAAGAUGUUCCUGGUGUACGCAGACACUUGGUCAGAAAGAGCACCAAGGGUCAAGUGGUGCACAUUGGGAAGGACCAUAAAGAGCCAAGCACCAGGAGUCGUAAACAGGACCGCACCCCUCAUGAGGUAUUUGUGGAGCUGAAUGAGUUGACCAUGGACAAGAACCAAGAGAUGCAGUGGAAGGAGACGGCCAGAUGGAUCAAGUUUGAGGAGGAUGUGGAGGAGGAGACGGACCGUUGGGGAAAACCUCACGUGGCUUCGCUGUCUUUCCGAAGUUUGCUGGAGCUCAGGAAGACCAUCUCACACGGUGCCGUGCUGCUGGACCUGGACCAGAAAACCCUGCCUGGCAUCGCCCACCAGGUGGUGGAGCAGAUGAUCAUCUCUGAUCAGAUCAAAGCUGAGGACCGUGCCAAUGUCCUGAGAGCCCUGCUGCUUAAACACAGGUGGCUUCAUGCCUUGUCACAGCCUCUCUUCCUCCUCCUCAACCUGUCUCUGCAUCUCCCUGCUUCCCCUAGUCACCCGUCCGAUGAGAAGGACCACAGCAGCCCUUUCCCCAGGAAUAUCUCAGCUGCCAGCCUUGGCAGUCUGAUCACCCACCACCACAGUGCCAAUCACAUCCAUCAGCUGGAGCCGUCGGUCACAGAUCCCCUGAUGGGCCUCUCAGCGGGGGACACAGACACACGCAUUGACAUGGACAAGAAUGAGGUUCAGCAGAAGGAGCCGAACUUGGGGCCUGGCAUGCAUCGGUCCAAAUCCAAACAUGAGCUAAAACUGCUGGAGAAGAUUCCUGAAAAUGCAGAGGCCACGGUCGUCCUUGUAGGUAGUGUGGACUUCCUGGAGCAGCCCACCAUGGCAUUUGUGCGGCUGCAGGAAGCAGUGGAGCUGGAGUCUGUCUUGGAGGUUCCUGUGCCUGUCAGGUUCCUCUUUGUUCUACUGGGACCCCCCACUACCAGCAUGGACUACCACCAGAUUGGACGCUCCAUCUCCACACUCAUGUCUGACAAGCAAUUCCAUGAGGCAGCCUACCUCGCUGAUGACCGACAGGAUCUGCUGAAUGCCAUCAACAGUUUCCUGGACUGCAGCAUCGUGCUUCCACCAUCAGAGAUGGGUGGUGAUGAGCUUCUCCGCUCCGUCGCUCGUUUCCAGCAGGAGAUGCUGCGCAAAAGGGAGGAGCAAGGGGUCAAACUGAUGGCCAAGGAGCCCAAGAGCUUUGAAGAGAAGGAGGCCCUUCUCACACCUACGAAAAAGUCAGACGACCCUUUAAGACGCACUGGACGCCCCUUUGGUGGGCUGAUACGAGAUGUCCAACGCCGUUACCCAAAGUACAUCAGUGACUUCAAGGACGCGCUGAACAGUCAGUGCAUGGCGGCUGUUAUCUUUAUCUACUUUGCUGCUCUUUCUCCUGCCAUAACAUUUGGAGGCCUUCUAGGUGAGAAAACUGAUGGUCUAAUCGGUGUUUCGGAGCUGAUCGUGUCCACAGCCGUGCAGGGAGUGAUCUUCUGUCUGCUGGGGGCUCAGCCGUUACUUGUCGUGGGUUUCUCCGGACCCCUGCUGGUUUUUGAAGAAGCCUUUUAUAGUUUCUGUACAGCAAACAAAAUAGAGUACCUGACGGGCCGCGUCUGGAUCGGGUUUUGGCUCAUCAUUAUCGUGAUUGUCACUGUGGCAUUUGAAGGCAGCUUCCUGGUCCGCUUCGUGUCUCGUUUCACCCAGGAGAUCUUCUCCUUCCUCAUCUCCCUCAUCUUCAUCUGCGAGACCUUCAUUAAACUUGGCAAGAUUUUCAAGGACCACCCACUGAAACGCUGUUCCCUUGACAACAGCACAGGAUGGGACGCCUCGGCAGAAAACAUCACCGUGGUGUUGAGUAACAGCAGUGUUCCUCUGACACUGAAGGUCCUAGGCGAGCCCAACACGGCGCUGCUCUCUCUGGUGCUCAUGGCCGGGACAUUUUUCAUCGCUUUCUACCUGCGAAAGUUCAAGAAUAGUGCAUUCUUCCCUGGAAGGAUUCGUCGGGUCAUUGGAGAUUUUGGAGUACCGAUUGCCAUCCUCAUCAUGGUUCUGAUUGAUUACGGCAUACAAGACACGUACACUCAAAAACUGAGCGUCCCCAGGGGUUUCUCUGUGACCAGUCCUGACAAGCGUGGCUGGAUCAUCAGUCCUCUGGGCUCGAACGGUGAAUUCCCCAUCUGGAUGAUGUUCGCCUGCUGUCUGCCCGCCCUGCUCGUUUUCAUCCUCAUCUUUAUGGAGACACAGAUCACCACUCUGAUAGUGAGUAAGAAGGAGCGGAUGCUGGUCAAAGGUUCUGGGUUCCAUCUGGACCUGCUGCUGAUUGUGGUGCUGGGCGGCAGCUCGGCUCUGUUUGGCCUGCCGUGGAUGGCAGCGGCGACCGUCCGCUCGGUGACCCACGUCAACGCCCUGACUGUUAUGAGCAAGGCCGUCGCCCCCGGAGACAAGCCUCGUAUCCAGGAGGUGAAGGAGCAGAGGGUCACGGGUCUGCUGGUGGCCAUCAUGGUUGGCAUGUCUAUCGUCAUCGGGGACCUGCUGCGACAGAUCCCUCUGGCUGUGCUGUUCGGCAUCUUCCUCUACAUGGGAGUGAUGUCACUCAAUGGGAUCCAGCUCACAGAGCGGAUGAUGCUGCUGCUCAUGCCGCCCAAGUACCACCCCGACCACACAUAUGUGCGCAAGGUGCGGACGCUGCGUAUGCAUCUCUUCACCUGCAUCCAGAUGGUGUGUUUGGCAGUUCUGUGGGCUGUCAUGUCCACACAGGCGUCGCUGGCCUUCCCCUUUGUCCUCAUCCUCACCGUCCCUGUCAAAAUGUUCGUGCUGCGCCGCGUCUUCAAUGGCAGAGAGAUGGCUUGUUUGGAUGCAGACGAUGCAGAGCCAAAGUUUGACGAACGAGAAGGUCAUGAUGAGUAUUCGGAGAUGCACAUGCCUGUGUAACCCACAACCAGCCCACUCCUCUGAUGGGACACCCAAAGCUGUCACUUUCACCACCAUCCAAGCAACAGAGACCCUCAGACCUCAAACACUCACAGAGCUUUUUAACGCCACGUCACUGUGUGCUGCUGGCCCUCCUUGUCGUCACUGAACGUAUGCAGAGGGUCGUCUGGUCGUCACUUUAGCCAAACAUGUCACUAUUAAAGUAGCUUUGGUAGACUGAUGCCCCAGCUGUAUCCUCACUACUGCCCUAGAGGUUGAAAACGAUGUUGUCGAGGGGGUUUUCUGCUAGUUAACAGCAAUUUCAACUGAGGUAGUCAGUCAUUAUAUCAAGUUUUUAUUCAUUAUAUAGUUUUAAACAUAUUUCAGGGGAUGAGAGAUUCCGAAUCAAAUGAUUAAGAACUGUAAAUCAAUUGCAAGUACAGUAAAUAGAUGUGCAGACUGAUUUAUUUUUAGCCCUGAAAGGUUGCUCUGAUUCACAUUGAAUAUGUGGAGGAUAUAUGGGAUACAUUCCUUUAUAUUCACAUACUGAGUUAUUGCUCUGGAGGUUUAUUGCUUUUUUUCAUGUUUUAAGCUCACCAAGCGCCUUAUGAAGGAGAUAAAAAGGUAUACCCAGAGGUGUUUCCCCUCGUUCUGUCUCUGCUUGAGACUCACGAUCACUUUGACCACCUUCUGAAGCCUGUAGCACUUUUAAAGACACCAAAUCUAAACAAUAACUUUAUUUUACAUGAUCAUUUUAUCAUCUGUGUCAGCUUCAAUCCCCUAGAUAUUCAAGUUGCUUUGCCUCUUAAAUGACUACCUGUGAUUUUUAGCCUGUCCGUCAUUAAUUAUGCAUUUUCUGUGUGCAGAUGCUGCAGUUUAGAUAAUUGCUGGGCCUUGAAUGAACUUCUGCGCUUGUAGUAGAGUAUGAUCGCCAGUAGAGGGGGAUCUUGUAUCACUAUAAUGUUGAACCAAAAUACACACAGUACUUAAAAUUGCAAUUAGGAUUUAAACAAAUGUCAUAGCAUCAUAUUACAACAGAAGCAUCACUAUAACAUAUAUUUUAGUAUUAAAUCUACACAGUGGCAGAAUAACUUUAGUGUAAAUGUUUCCAUAGAUGUGAUUAGGGCACUAAUAUACUAAUGUAGAGUUUGUUCUUAGUUGCGUCUCCCUGUGUGUGGGUGGUUUAUGGGAAUAGCUGUAAUUUAUUGGUUUGUUUGUCCAAGUGCCAAAUGUCUUGUGUAAAUAUGUUUGUGGUCAGAACAAUAAGCUGCAGUUCAGUCAUCUCACUUCUCCUUACUUUAACUACUUUUCAUAGUAACAUUCCACAGUUUGUCAUGACUUCGACUUUUAUUUGCGUCGACUAAGUGUUUAAGAAUUUCAUUUACACUCGUGAACUGGGUCGACCACAUUUCCACACGAGCUGUGUAGACAAUCUCAAAUAUUCAUGUAUUACUGAGAGGGAAGGCUUUUAAAAAUUAUAUAUAUACACAUGAUCUGUAUUUUCUCAUUUUAUGUCAUGUUGUAUCAGUGUGACAUGGUUUUAAAGCUUUGACUGUGUCAAAUAAGUUGAAUUUCAGUCCUCUGUUACUCUCACUGUGUGUAUUUGCGUUUCAGACACUAUGUUUCACUGCCCUCUGAACUGUCCUGUUUCAGCCUGAACUUGACUGUGAUCUUGUGCCUGUUUGGUGUCACAAAUUUGCACAAAAUCUCAAGUGCCUGUGGGACCAUGAAGUGAUGAGCGACAAGUGUCUGCUGUAUUUGUAAGGACGACACACGUUACAGUAGUUUGCACUUUUAUGGCACUCAUGAAUCAAACAUCUCUUAUUAUUUAUCUGUUGCAAUACGAGGCAUUAACUGCUGUUUUUGAGGAUGAUUUUGGAGUAUGUCACUUUUUUUUUUAAUGCACACACACAUUUGGCCGUACCGUGGCCUUCAGUAGUGAAGGGGAUAUUUAUACGAAGUCCGCAGUAAAGUCCAGUGUCAGUUUUAUGUUUGCUUAUCGUGCCUGUGGAUGGAGUGAAGGUCGUCUGUGUAUUUCAAAGUAUCUGUCAAAGUUGUGAAACGCUGAUGCAAUUUGUUGUUCCAUUUCACAAGCAAUAAAAAGUCUGAGAGGCUGUUGUUGAUGUCCCCUUGUACAUUUAUGGUUCAAAUAUUGAUGACAAAUAAAAGAUAUUUUCUAUUUA